UACAGCUAACUAAACCUCCGUUUGGGUGCCUAGACGGCAAACCAAACAUACCCUGAGUCGUUCCACUUGCACAUUAUUUAAUCUUAGGGUGGUAAGAAAAAAAACAUUGAAGGAAGAAGAAAAUGGGGUCUGGAUCUCCCAUUCACGUCCUCAUGGUGUCCUAUCCAGCACAAGGACACAUAAACCCUUUGCUUAGACUAGCCAAGUGCCUAGCUGCAAAGGGCUUAUUUGUAACCUUCACCACCUCAGAGAUCGCUGGAAAACACAUGCGAUCCGCUAACAACAUCACUGAGAAAUCAGUGAUUCCAAUUGGUGAUGGUUUUCUCAAGUUCGAUUUCUUUGCAGAUGCCACGGCAAGUGAUGGUACCAAGAAGCUAAGUCUCACUGAGCACUGUGCACAGCUUGAGCUUGUUGUGAAGCAAUAUGUUUCCCAAGUGAUCAAGAAGCAUGCUGAGGAAAACCAUCCAAUUUCAUGCAUCAUAAACAACCCCUUUGUUCCAUGGGUUUGUGAUGUGGCUGCUCAACAUGCUGUUCCUUCUGCCAUGCUAUGGAUUCAAUCUAGUGCUGUCUUCACCACUUACUAUAGCUAUUUCCACAAACUGGUAAGUUUCCCUUCAGAUGCAGAUCCUUAUAUUGAUGUUCACUUGCCUUCUGUAGUCCUUAAAUACAAUGAAGUUCCAGAUUUUCUGCAUCCGUUUAGUCCAUAUCCAAUUUUCGGGACACUCAUAUUGGAACAGUUUAAGAACUUGUCCACACCGUUCUGCGUGUUGGUGGAUAGUUUUGAGGAACUAGAGCAUGACUACAUCGAGUAUCUUUCAAAGUUUUUGGUUAUAAGGCCUGUUGGUCCUUUGUUCAAGAUCCCAAAAGAUCCAUCCACAAGAGAUAUACGUGGAGAUUUUAUGAAGAGUGAUGAUUGCAUAGAGUGGCUCAACUCAAGGGCACCAGAAUCAGUGGUGUAUAUCUCCUUUGGGAGUAUAGUGUACUUGCCUCAAGAGCAAGUGAGUGAAAUAGCAUAUGGACUAUUGAACUCUCAUGUCUCAUUUUUGUGGGUGUUAAAGCCACCUCCUAAGGAAUUUGGGGUUUCCCCUCAUGUUCUGCCAAGUGGAUUCCUUGAGGAAACAAGAGAGAAAGGCAAAGUGGUGCAGUGGAGCCCACAAGAGGAAGUGUUGGGACAUCCUUCAGUGACAUGUUUUAUGACACAUUGUGGAUGGAACUCUUCGAUGGAAGCACUGAGUUAUGGAGUGCCAAUGUUGACAUUUCCAGCAUGGGGAGAUCAAGUCACAAAUGCAAAGUUCUUGGUGGAUGUGUAUGGUGUGGGGAUUAGAGUGGGUUAUGGGCAGGCUGAGAAGAAAGUGAUAAGCAGAGAUGAGGUGAAGAAGUGCAUAUUGGAAGCAACAAUAGGGCCAAAAGCACAAGAGUUGAAGCAAAACGCUUUCAACUGGAAGAAGGCUGCAGAGGAAGCAGUGGCUGUCGGUGGCUCUUCUACAAGAAACCUUGAUGCAUUUGUCAAAGAUAUUAAAGAACGUGGAGCAAAGGAAAUAUAAGGGUACCUCUAUGUCCCUUCAUAACAUUGUUGCAGAGAAUAGAAAAAUCAAAUGCGAGUAGCUCCGUCUUAACUAUCUCUACUACUCUUCCAACUUGCAGCAUCUGUAUUUCUGAAACCAUACUAAAUGUUCUGCAACAUAGAUAUAGUAUGAUUUAUAAAAUGUCUCAAAACAAUUAAAGUCGUGAGAUGUAACUUGUUUUAGCAAGUGUAUAUCAUUUAUGCUUGAAUCUA